AUGAAGAAUACUAGGCGGAUUUUGGCUUCUUCCGCUCCCUCUAUAGCAAAGGUUUUGCGGAAUCAGUCACCGCCUUGGAGUACAAUGAACUUGGAUGGAAGCGCCCCAUCGUGGCGUAUGGAAUGUGGAAGACUACAUUUGAAGCCUAAUUUACUGCUUCUAAAGUGGAACGAGGGGUUCUUGGUUCUGGGCACACAGUUCGCUGGCGGUGUGUUUUUGGGAACAGCUCUCAUGCACUUUCUGAGUGAUUCAAACAAGACUUUCCAAAGCUUGACUGAGAAGGAGUACCCUUUUGCAUUUAUGCUGGCCAGUGUGGGGUUCUUGAUCACUAUGCUUGCGGAUUGUGUUGUUUCCUAUGUGUAUGCUAAGCAAGAGGGCAGUGACCUUGAAGGCCACGACAGUGGUCAUGGUCACCACCCUGCAACAGUUGGUUCAGUUGGGGACAGCAUUUUGUUGAUCGUAGCCUUAUGUUUCCAUUCUUUCUUUGAGGGCAUUGCAAUCGGAGUUGCCAAGACAAAAGCAGAAGCUUGGAAGGCUUUGUGGACAGUCAGUGUGCACAAGAUCAUUGCAGCCAUUGCCAUGGGCAUUGCUCUCCUCCGCAUGCUUCCAAACCGCCCCUUCUUAUCAUGCAUGGCGUAUGCUUUCAUGUUCGCCAUUUCGAGUCCAGUUGGUGUGGGAGUUGGGAUCACAAUAGAUUCCACAACCCAAGGUGCCACAGAAGAUUGGCUCUUCGCCAUUUCCAUAGGUUUGGCAUGUGGGGUGUUCAUAUAUGUAUCCAUAAACCAUCUGCUGUCAAAGGGUUACACAGCUCAGAAGGCAGUCUCUGUUGACAAGCCCCAUUACAAGUUUUUGGCUGUGAUGUUUGGCAUUGGAGUUAUCUCUGUUGCCAUGUUCUGGGACUCUUGA